CUCCCACUUGAUUCUGCCUUCUCAUUCUUUUGAUAUACAUCAGUUUCAUAAAGAACCACACAAACGAUGUCACUCGACCCUCUGCCGAAUCGCAACCCUACCCCACCACCCACUCUGUCCCCCUCCCCGAUCCGUGUUCUCGUCCAAACUCUAACCCACCUGGUACCCUCUACCAACCAAGCUGGUGACAAGAACAUAUACGAUGACAAGCUCUUCACCAUGCUUGAUACCAUCUGUCAACAUACCUGGAAUUGCGACUUCGACGGUCACGUGCAUCGAUGGUACACAUACGGUGAUGAAUUCGGAUACAGCCACCGAAUGUGUUUCUUUCUGAUAGACUAUGGAACUGCCCCAGGUGGUGAUGACUCCAAAGUACCGAUUUGGCCUUUGUUGAUGAUUGAAUAUAGCAUCGACAAGCCCCAAAUCCUUCAAUUCGAGGACGUACAAGCUGAGCUUAAAAGUGUGCCAUUUACACCAGCACCAUAUGAGCCUUUAGGAAAACUUCCCUUUUGGGAUGUAGUGCGCAAAAGGCUGAGGAGUGCGCAGAGGAUUCCCGUCCGAGAGUUGGACCAUAUGCGCGACCAUCCUGAAGAUGUGGAGUGGUUGGAGAGGAAGGUGAGGCCUAGAUUCUGGACGAGCUUUAUGGAGCAGUUGCAGGAUAUUGAGAAGACGAAGGCGUGGGAGAUGGAAUAGAG